AUGGGUUACUGGAACGAUAUGGCCGAUUCGAUGAAGGAUGCGUGGAAAGGGCAAGGAGGUGGCCUUCAAGGUGCCUCAUCAGCCGUUGGCGAUAUGGCAGCAGAACAGACCAAGUCCAGCGGACAGAAGAAGAGCGACGCAGCAUCAUCAUCCUUGACGGAGAUGGCAGGCGGCAACAAGAAGACCGGCGAUACCGUCGGCGGCACUUCGAUCGAUACAGGACAGCAGGGCGCGAACCAGCAGACGGGUACUGCUGACCACUUGGGUGUGUCCAUGAAGAAGUGA